AAAAAGGGAAAAAUAAAAAAAAAAUAGGGAAAGGAAAAGGAAAAAGAACACGGAAGAGGACAUAGGAUGGCCCCAACCUACCUAAACCAAGUAAUAAGUGCGACCACUCUUUUCCCAUGCUCGAUCCUUCCUUCGAUGGCAUUUCUAUUUGGCUCGAUUGGAUUUUACCUUUCGGUCGCUUGCUAUUUCCCUUCCUCUUCUUCAUGGAUAACUAAUGAUUGUUCCUACCGUUCCUGUCGACGAUGGGAUCAUGCUGGACAGAACCGCGCAGUCCAGGUAACAAUCUGCACACUUUGCCAACACAUCUCUGCAGCUUAUUUACUCGAUGAUGGAUGGAUGUAAUAAGGUAGAGAAAGACAGGGUAUCGGUUGCGCUCGCACAAAUAUGG